AAUGCUUCUCUUCUGUAGUCAAGGUAGCUUGCUCAAUUGUCCUUUCAUCAAUUUCGGUCUCACACUCAUUCAUCGCGUUGCAUAAUGAUACCUGCUACAGGAAGAAGCGCUGCCAGGCGCAUCGCCUCAGUACGAUACCCUCUACCACAAAACGCAUUACGAGCUGCAACACAUAUCGAACGAUCAAGACUGCUUCCCACGAUAGCAAGAGCAGCCCCCACAUCGAUAUCACAAUGUCGAGCUUACGCCAGUGGAAAGCCACAUCCUCCAGGUGGUACACAUCGAAUGAACCUUGGAGGCGAACCGGAGAAACCGGCCCUUGAGCAAUAUGGUGUCGAUUUGACUGCUAAAGCAAGAGAGGGGAAACUCGACCCAGUCAUCGGGAGGGAUGCAGAGAUACAUCGAACGAUACAAAUAUUGUCAAGAAGAACGAAGAAUAACCCGGUACUCAUUGGUCAAGCCGGUACUGGCAAGACUGCGAUCCUGGAAGGUCUUGCCCAGCGGAUAGUGCAGGGCGAUGUGCCAGAGAGUAUCAAAGACAAGAGAGUCAUUUCGCUCGAUCUCGGUAGCCUCAUAGCAGGCGCCAAAUUUCGAGGUGACUUCGAAGAAAGAUUGAAGGCUGUCUUGAAGGAAGUUGGCGAUGCGAAAGGUGGCGUCAUCCUGUUCGUUGACGAGCUUCAUACACUGCUCGGCCUGGGCAAGGCUGAAGGCAGUAUUGAUGCCAGCAAUCUCUUGAAGCCGGCAUUGUCGAGAGGAGAGCUGCAAUGCUGUGGAGCAACAACAUUGACUGAGUACCGUCAAAUCGAGAAAGAUGUUGCAUUGGCUCGACGCUUUCAGCCUAUCUUGGUGGGAGAGCCUACAGUACAGGACACCGUCUCGAUUCUACGAGGUAUCAAAGAUCGAUACGAAGUGCAUCAUGGAGUCAGAAUCACGGAUGGUGCACUCGUUGCCGCCGCUGCGUACAGCAAUCGAUACAUUACCGAUCGGUUCCUGCCCGACAAGGCCAUCGAUCUGGUGGACGAAGCGGCAUCUGCUCUAAGACUACAGCAAGAAAGCAAGCCGGACGCUAUUCAAGAGCUUGACCGACAGAUCAUGACGAUACAGAUUGAGCUGGAAUCAUUACGAAAAGAAAGCGACAUUGCUAGCAAAGAGCGACGAGAGCAACUCGAGAAGACGUUGACGCUCAAGCAAGAUGAGGUCGGCGCAUUGAUGGAGAAGUGGGAGAAAGAGCGGGCUGAGAUUGAAGAGAUCAAGCGCACGAAAGAGGAAUUGGAACGCGCACGCGUUGAGCUCGAACAGGCCCAGCGAGAAGGCAAUUUUGCCAAGGCUAGCGAGCUUCGUUACGCUCGCAUUCCUGAGCUUCAGAAAAAGCUACCAGAAGACCAGGGUGGUGAAUCGAAGGCAAAAAGCGAUGCACUUAUCCAUGAUUCGGUCACUGCGGACGACAUCGCUGCCGUUGUGGCUAAGGCUACCGGCAUUCCUGUGACCAAGUUGAUGAGCGGCGAAAUCGAGAAGCUCAUCCACAUGGAAGACACGCUUCGCAAGUCAGUCCGAGGCCAAGACGAGGCUUUGACAGCUGUAGCCAAUGCUGUAAGAAUGCAACGAGCAGGUCUGAGCGGAGAGAACAGGCCACUUGCCUCCUUCAUGUUCCUCGGACCUACUGGCGUUGGCAAGACGGAGCUCUGCAAGAAGAUGGCCAACUUUCUCUUCUCGACCGAGUCAGCAGUCGUUCGCUUUGACAUGUCUGAGUUCCAAGAAAAGCAUACCGUCAGUCGUCUCAUUGGCAGCCCGGCCGGUUAUGUUGGUUACGAAGAUGCUGGCCAGCUUACUGAAGCCGUUCGUCGCAAGCCAUACUCCGUUCUUCUCUUCGAUGAAUUCGAAAAGGCGCAUCGAGACAUCAGCACACUCUUGCUCCAAGUAUUAGACGAAGGCAAGCUCACCGACGCUCAAGGCCACAAAGUCGACUUCCGCAACACUAUCAUCGUCCUCACGUCUAACCUCGGAGCCGAAGCUUUGGUCGCGGAUGAAAGCUCCGGAAGCGAGAUCAGCCAAGACGUCAAGAAGCAGGUCAUGGAUGUGGUCCAGAUGUCAUACCCGCCUGAGUUCCUCAAUCGAAUAGACGAGUUCAUCAUCUUCAAACGUCUAUCCAAAGAGGCGCUCCGCGAUAUUGUCGACAUCAGAUUAAAAGAACUGCAGGCAAGACUGGAUGAUCGACGCAUCUCGCUCGAAGUCAGCGAUGAUGUAAAGACAUGGCUUUGCGAAAAGGGCUAUGAUCCACGGUAUGGUGCUCGACCGCUCAAUCGACUGAUUUCGAAAGAGGUCGGCAACAGUCUCGCAGACAAGAUUAUUCGAGGUACGAUUAAGAGCGGUGAUGUAGCGAAGGUUGUCAUCAGGGAUGGUGGCGAGCACCUUGACAUCGUUGCUCCGUCAGAGGCGUAGAGAGAUGACUUGGAGUUAUCGGAGCACUUUGACGAAUGAUGAUACCAAAUGAAUACGUUGAUAUUCAGCGGCAUUGUGAAAGCGCUUUUUGUAGAUAUGUAGCAUUAUGAUGGGCAGCCCCACUCGCAGAUGUAUUAUAAUGGAAAUAAUUCCACCUCAC